AUGACGAUUGGAAAGCAGCAGCGUGGUACCUCGGUUAGAGAACGAGUAGCGGCCAUCGAGAAAAAUGAACAGGUUCCGGAUGCAACAUUUCUUGAAAACACCGUUAUCCGGGCGCGAUAUGCUCCGGAUGUGCGUGGUGUUAAUAGAUAUCGACAUUUUCAUAUGCCCAACGUUAUGAACGACGUGAACAGCAAUAACUUCCCAAAGGAUAGCAACCAUCUUCCAUUUUUAAUUAGACCCGGCCAAGUCCAUUAUAUUGACCCAAAUGAUAGGGAUGCUGCGAAUGGAAUGGAAAAAGGCAUACGAAAAAAGAAGAAGAACGUCACACUUCCGCAAUUGUCGCCGACACCAAUAAAACCUACGGUGAAUAAAAGGGAUAUUGUUGAUCAUAUUGAAAAUCGAGCAAGAGUUGCGAUUAGAACGAAUUCUCCGGAGAAGACAUCAUCAGAGUCGGAUAAUUCGGUGAAGUCAAACUAUUCAGGAGUGAGGUUUAAUGAUCGUCUGACAUCAACAACGCAGGAAAAACCUAAAACAACUGCAGUACGCCGUACAUUUGCUUCACUAGGCCAACGACAAAAUGGGGUAAUUAUUAAUGGGCCGCAGAAAAAUUCAUUAGAAGUCGCGCUACCGCCAAGAUCAAAGUCCGCACAAGACAUUGAAGCUCGAAUGGAACCCGAUUUUGCGCCGCCAGACACCACGUUCUACAAUAUUAUCGCGGCGCCAUCACUUCGCGAUUUUCGUGAUAUGGCUACACAAACUAGCAAACACAUGACCACAUCGAGUGUGGAGUAUUUGAAUUGCGGUCGCGGUACUCAAACAGAAGCUGUUCCUUUGAUAAUCGUCCCCCGAAGGAAAUCGGAAGCUCCGAUUAAUAUUCGAGACUUGGAGGAACGUGAAGCGUUGAUGGAGGUGAUUGAGGACGCAUUCAGCGAGACAUUUGAUCGAUAUACGAGGGUUCGAACCAAUCAAAUAAUUGCAAACAGUGCGAAAAAACAAGGUCAAAUUCUUCGAGACGCCAAGGACUUUUUAGCAAACACGCUGAUACCGCAGGCGGUGAUACUCGCCAACAAAAGCACAUCAAAACCAAAAACCGCCGCCGAGAUAGUCGCAAAUAUUAAAAUAUUCCCAUAA